UUCAUAGUAUCUCACAACUAAAGUUUUAUCUCCUCAAGUAAUAAUAUAUUCGUAUCCCUUAACAAAAACUAUCAACACAUUGCCUUUGAUUUUUCUUUAAGAUGCAAAUGGAUAGCCCAAAAUCACCUCUUCAACCUCCAACUUAUGGAAACUUAGUAACAAUCCUAAGCAUCGAUGGUGGUGGCAUUAGAGGGCUUAUCCCUGCUGUUAUCCUUGGAUUUCUCGAAUCCGAACUUCAGAAAUUGGAUGGAGAAGAUGCAAGGCUUGCGGACUACUUUGAUGUAAUGGCAGGAACAAGCACCGGUGGUCUGGUUACAGCCAUGCUCACCGCUCCUAACAAGGAAGGCCGACCCUUGUUCGCAGCCUCCGAAAUCAAAGAUUUCUAUCUUGAGCAUUGUCCAAAGAUCUUCCCUCAAGAUCAUUUCCCAUUCUCGGCCGCGAAAAACCUUGUGAAGUCCUUGACUGGUCCUAAAUAUGAUGGUGAAUACCUUCAUCAACUUAUCCAUGCUAAGUUGGGUGAUACUAAGUUAAAUCAAACACUUACCAACGUUGUCAUUCCAACGUUCGAUAUCAAGCAUCUUCAACCUACUAUCUUUAGUAGUUACGAGGUGAAAAACAAUCCUCUCAAGAAUGCAACCCUCGCUGACAUUGCUAUCUCAACUUCAGCUGCCCCUACAUACUUGCCUGCCCAUUUCUUUAAAGUUGAAGAUAAUUCAACCGGAAAAGUAAAAGAAUACAAUCUUAUUGAUGGCGGAGUUGCAGCUAACAACCCAGCUUUGGUGGCCAUUGGGGAGGUAACAAAUGAGAUUACAAGAGGGAGUAGUGAUUUUUUUCCUAUAAGACCAAAUGAUUAUGGAAGGUUUCUUGUGCUUUCCCUUGGAACCGGUAAUCAUAAAUGCGAAGAGAAAUUCAAUGCAAAAGAAGUAGCUGGUUGGGGAUUGUUGAGUUGGUUAACACAUGACAGCUCCACACCUCUCAUUGAUGCUUUUACGCAAGCUAGCUCCGAUAUGGUUGAUUUUCAUCUCUCUGCCGUCUUUCGAGCUCUUCAUUCCGAAGCCAAUUACAUUCGCAUUCAAGAUGACACAUUAACUGGUGAUACUGCUUCGGUUGAUAUCGCUACUGUCGAGAAUCUUGACAUUCUCGCGAAGACAGGAGAAGAACUGCUCAAGAAACAUGUUUCAAAAGUCAACCUAGACUCGGGUUCUAACGAAAAUGCUUACAAAGCAACUAAUGAACAUGCUCUUAUAAAGUUAGCAGGAAUACUUUCAAAAGAAAAGAAGAUCCGAGACAUGCGAUCACCUCAUGGAAAAGCACCAAUUAGGAAGUAAAGAGAUAAUUAUUUUAUCAUAGGGAAAAUUCCAUAAAAAUUCCCCAUCUAAUUUUAAUUUGGAAGUUUAAUACCUAAUGUUAUU